AUGGGUGCGAGGCCUCGAGGCGGCGGCCCGCCGCCGUCGCGCCGCAAGGCACGCAAGCCACGGCGCAAGAUUGUCGUGCGUGAUUUGCCGCCGCACCUCCCUGCAGGCGUCUUUUGGUCGACCGUGAGUCCGUGGGUGCGCAUCGCGGCAGGCACCCCCAGCGCCGACGGCGCACAGCCCGUGCGCGCCGCCGCGGACCAGCCAGCGACCGUGGCGUAUGCGGAACCCACCGAGCACGAUACGCCCUCGACCGCCUUCCUCCAGUUCCGCCAGACCGACCAGAUGCUCGCGUUUGCCAAGGCGUUCCAGGGGCACCGGUUCCAGGAUGCGCAGGGCCACGAGUAUGUCGCCCUCGUCGACUAUGCGCUCGUGCAGCAGGUGCCGACCGCACGGCCCCCCCGCGCCGACCCGCUCGCCGGCACCAUCGAGCAGACGCCCGAGUUCCAGGCCUUUGUCGCGUCGCUCGAGGCGCCUCCCGCGCAGAGCACGCCGGCUGCCGAGCCCGAACCGCAGAGCACACAUCUGGUCGACUACCUGCGCGCGCAGGACGAGCAGGCGCGCGCGCGCAAGGCGAAAAAGGCG